AUGGAUCAAAUUGAUUUUGUCCCAUCCAAAGAGGCCAUCUCCACACAAAUCAAAAACUUUCAAUCAGAUUCCACUCUUCAAUGGCUCUUCUUUGCGUAUCAAGAAUUGGAUGCUUCCAACAACAAUAACAACAAAUCCAAAGGAGUUUCUAACAAGAUUGAAAUUGCUCGCAUUGGCCAAGAACCUCUCGAUAAAACUCAACUCGAACAACUUCGGGAUUCAAGCAAUAACUCCUCUUCUCAAGAAUCCAUCACUGGUUAUUUGACCCCAUUCAGUUUCAAUUACUUUAUUGUUCGAAUUGAUGCCAAUCGUUAUAUUUUCAUCAAUUGGAUCGGAACCAAAACUAAAACUCUCAUGAAAACUCGUGCCAUGACUCAUCGAAUGGAAAUCAAAUCGUUGGCAGAAAAGUUACUUUCCAUGAAUUUUGUAUUUGAUCAUAAUGGUGUCGAUGAGUUUGACAAGUUGUUGCGUAUUGUGGAAGAAUCUCAAAAGUUUGAAUUUGAAAAUAUGAAAGACAAGACGACCACUAGUGGUGCCACCAUUCACUCGUCGACAUCUCCACGUUCUUCUAUGAACCAUUCUAUCCACACGAAUAAUAACAGUAGUGACAAUCACAACAACAACAGCUCUACCUCUUCACAGAGCGGAGCAGCACAAAAAUCUUCCACUCUCAUGAGUCGUUACAAUCCUUCUUCUUCCUCAAAUGAAGAAACUCUUUCACACAAUCGAAGACAUCAACGUACCAGCAGCAAGCCACCAAAACUCGGACUCGCUGCCAUCAUGAGACAAGUGUUAAAAAUCGAUGAGAAUAGCAUUCAACCCUUGUUGAAAUCUCGUUCCUUCGCUUGGCUCUUGUUGGGAUAUAAUUCCGAUGGUUUGUGUCAAAUUGAAGGACAAGGUCAAGAACAAAAUGUUUUUCCACCUGCAUUGUUUGAUGCUCUCAAAGAAGAUGACAUGCAAUACAUUAUUUUGAAAUGGGUUUUGACAAAUACUGGAUAUGGAGGAGAUGUUGAAAAGACCUACUUUUUGUCGUUUGUUGGAAGUGCUGUCAACUCGGUUCGUCGUGGUAAAGUGAAUCAACACAAACAAGAGGUUUAUGAUUUCAUUAACAAACAUUUCCAAUUGGGUGGUGAAGUCACAAUUACCAAUGAAGAUGAAUUAACUGUAGAUUAUAUUCAAAAUUUAAUGUUGGGUAACAGAAGUGCAGUUCCUGUUGCUGUGACUGAUUGGGGUACUCCAAAAUAUGUUCCUCCUCCAUCCGAAGCAAUUCACACCGAAAUUCCAUUAAUGAAAUCUCCAAGAAGUGAUCCAUUAAGAUCUCCAAGAAAGGAAUCUCUCAAAUCUCCAAGAAAGAGUUCAUUGAAAUCAAAGGAAACCUCUGCAUCGCCAUCAACAACCUCAUCAACAUCAGAAUCUUCAGGCUCCUCCUCUGCUCCAUUACCAAGAAAGGGAAGUGAAAUUUUGAGUAAGAUUAAACUCGGUUAUAAGGAAGGAAAAUUGAGAGGAAUUAAAACUAGAACUCCAGAAGAUGAACAAUCUCCAACAGCGUUGACAACCACCAAUGCUUCUCAAACAAAUCAUGGUGAUAGCAUUGCAUCUCCAAAAACUGAUUCCCCAAACAGUGCAAGAAAGAGAAAAUCCAUUCUCAGAGGAGGUGUUCAUAAUUUUUCGAUGGAAAAUAUGGACAAGCUCACAAGAAAUUUACUUAAAAAGAAAGAUACCAAGAGAGUGACUGCUUUGGUCUAUGGACAAAAUUCAAUUCGAAUUGAAGAUGAAGAAAAAGCAAUUGAUCGAUUGUAUGACUUGAAGGAUCCACUUCAAUUGGAAACCAUGUGGGUUCUUUUCAGUUAUCCUAAUGAGAAAUCACUCAAUAUAUUAACCGUUCUAGAUAGUGGAUCCAAACCACUCCCUAACGAUGAUGCAACCAUGGAAAAGCAUUUACAGGAUGAUGCCGUCAAGUACUUUGUUCACAAAUACUACGUCGAAAGAAAUUCUAGAAUUGAAGCGAAAUUUAGAAUUGUCAUUUGGAGAGGAAAAGGAGUGAGAUCCUAUUUCAAGGCCAUUUGUACCAAUCAUGCGAUGAAACUCUCCUCUUCCAUUAGUGCUGUCAUUCCCAAUGUAGAUCCUGAGCCACUUGUUUUCACAGACAUCUCAUCCGUCAAAGAAGCUAAAAUUGCACUCGAAAGUGCUGGUACAUCUCUCGAACCACAAGUGGCUGUCAAGAAAUUACAAGAAAAGUUUGCACAAGCAGCUGAACGUGAACGUGAGAAGGCUUCAGCCAAUUCACCUUCGAAUCGAAAUGCAGCAAGAAGAGUUUCCAUGAAAAAGGCAGGUUAUGAUUCUGGAAUUGGUGGUGGCUUAAAGGUUCUCAACGAAGAUGCUUUGAUCGAGAGCAUGAAAGAAUUACAAAGUGAUUCGAAUGACAUUUCAUGGGUCAUGAUUUCUUACAAGGACUCAAAGACGUUACAAUUGGAAGAUAAGGGAACUGGUACUGCUGAAUCUUUCAAAUCGAAAUUGACCGAUGAUAAGGUCUUUUACAUUUUAUACAAACAAUUUUUGGAAGAAUUGGGAGGAGCUCCCAAAGCAAUUCUUAUUGCUUGGGUUGGUCAAGAUGUGAAACCAAUGGCUAAAGCAUCCACAACUCCUCAUCGUAUUGCUCUCUUCAAAUAUUGCGUACGUCACGUCUCAUUGUCAAGUGAAUAUCAACCUAUUAGUAUUGAUGAAUUAGAUAAUGAUUCCAUUUUUGGUAAAGUUUCUGGUGGCGGUUCAAAAGGAUCCACCAGUGGUGCUGGUGUAAUUUCCAAGUCCUUUGGUGGUAAGAGUCAAUCUUUGACCCUAGUUAAUGAGGCCUCUAUUAUGGAAGCUAUUCAAGAUUUGAAGGAUGACCAUACUCCAACCAAUUGGAUCAAACUUGGUUACAAUGGAUCUAAUUCUCUUCAAUUUGAAGAAAAAGGUACAGGAGGUUUGGAUGAAUUCCAACAUCAUUUAUCGGAUGAUGCUGUGAGUUAUGUCUUGUACAAGACCUAUGUCGAACAUAGUCCAAAAAUAGCACUCAUUACUUGGGUGGGUACUGGAGUCACUGCUGGAACUGCAAAAGCAAGAGCAACCACUCAUCAAUUGGAAUUGGAAGCAAUCACAAAGAAGGUGACACCUGUGGCUGCAUUGUAUCAAGCUCUCGAGAGAGAAGAACUUAAGGAAGAAUUGAUUCAUAAGAAAGUUGCUGGUUCUGCCAUUAUUUCAGCUCCAACUGCUGUCUCUAAAGGUAACUUUGGAGGAAGAGAUUCUAAUUUGAAGUUUGAUGAUGAUCAUGCAGUUCUUGAAGCAUUUAAGGAAUUGAGAGGAAAUAGUGGUAUUCGAUGGCUCCUGUUUGAAUAUGUUCCUGGAAAUCAAUAUACAGUGAGUGUGACACAAAAAGGAAAAGGAGGUGUCAGGAACUUUAAACAAUAUCUUACCAAUGACAUUGUUUGUUAUGUGGUCAUGCGUUUGACAUUUAUGGAAUAUUCUGACAUUGCAAAGGCCAUUGUUGUGACAUGGGUUGGUGAAAAUGCACCAAGUUUCCAAAAAGCACUCUCUGGUGGUCACAGAAUUAAUUUAUACGAAUUCACAAGAAAACAAAUCUCAGUCGGUGGUGAAUAUCAACCUGAAAGCUCUGAAUCAUUAAGCGAUGAAGAUUUACUUUCUAAAAUUACAGGAACAAAGAAUGACAAUGCAGGAGAUGCUUUGGAAGAAAAGAUUCAACAACAAAGAACCUUUGAAAGAGAACGUAUAGUUCAAGUUCAACCUACGAUUGAAGUGAAAGAUGCCAAACAAUACAUUGGUGAAUAUAAAGACAUUGAAUUCAAUGGAAAAGAGGAAAUCAAACAGGCACUUGCAAACUUGGCUGAAAAGUGUCGAAAUGAACAACACGAUAAGGCACUCGAGAAUGCAAGUGUGAAUUAUAUCAAGAUGAAACUCACUGGAAAGGAGCUUCGUGACGUCGUGAUUGAAGAAUCUGGAGAUAAUGGUCUUACAGAUGAAUGGAGAGAACGACAUUUAAGUCCUAAUGAAUGUCUCUUGUUUGUGUUUGGACUUUUCACAUCUGAAGGAGGUUAUGGAAUGAUGACAAAAUUUGUUUUUGUUCAAUGGAUUGGUCAUGACGUGAAACAUUUAUUGAAGGCCAAGGCAAGUGAAAUUAGACAAUCGAUUUACAAUUUCAUUCAUAAGGAAUUGUACAUGUCUGGUGAAAUUCAAGGAUGUACCAAACCAGAACAUGUCACAUUGAAACUUGUGAUGGAAAAGAUUACAGGAUCGAACGUUCGUGGUAGUGAAAUGAAAUUAGAAAAGAAGGAUAAAAAGUUUCAAGGCCUCGGUAAAGAAAAGAAGAGCAAAUUAUCUGUCAAGGAUCAAGACAAAUUGAUGCAUCUUGUGGAAGAUAUGAUUUUACAAGAUUAUCUCGAAAAGAAGGAUGAGAAGAAGGAUGAAGACGAAGAAAAUGAAGAAUGGAAAAACCAUAAGAGAAUUUCUGAAGGAAAACUUGAUUGGAUUCUUAUGAGCUAUGUCAAAGAUUCAAUUGAUGAAAUUGAAGUGACAGCUUAUGGAGAAGGAGAUGUUCAUAACUUUAAGAGCUAUUUGAAACCAAACUCUGUGAACUUUGCAAUUAUUAGAGUUUUCCAUGCUCAAGGAUAUGCGAAAGACAUUUCCAUGCUCACUGACAAUCGAAUCAAUUUGGCAAAGCCAUACUUUACUUUGAUUUAUUGGAAGGGUGAAAAUGUUCAAGUGUUGGAAAAGGCAUUGACAUCCCAUCACUUUAAUUCAUUCCACAAAUUGAUGACUCAGAAAUUCAUGAGAAUGAAGUCAUCCUUACAAGGUUCAACUUAUCAAGCUGAACAUGAACAUGAGUUGGAUAUGGACAGAAUUAAGAAGCUCAUGAGAUUGUAUGAUUAA